CGGAAAGCCAUCACUUGGCGCGGUUUACACGAUGCGUAUACGUAAUAUUUGGAGUCUGGUCCUUUUGGUCCUGGCGAGCAGCAAUUGUGCGGUCGCCGGCGACGUCUAUCUGAGCUGUGAUGAGUUCGAGCAGCACAUGUACAUGGAUGCCAAUGAAGCCUUUUGCACCGUCACUGGAUUUAUUGUGACGCACAGUCAGAAUGUGGUUAUCAAGAACUUUGUGCCCGGCAAUAUGGUCAAGUUUAUGAAAUUCUACGACUCGACGCUGCUCUAUUUGCCGUUCCAUUUGUUCGAGACGUUCACGCAUCUGAAGACAUUGGAUGUGUCCUAUACGAGCAUUUUGGAGCUGACCAGAAAUACUUUCAGUGCGGCCAGCAAUUUGACCUACAUGAAUCUGAGCUACAACAAUAUGAGUUCGUUGCAGACUUCAGUGUUUAUUGGAGCCAAUGCAUUGAUGAGAUUGGAUCUGUCGUAUAAUAGAAUAUCGCUGUUAAGUGAGAAUGCGUUUUGUGGUUUGCACAUACUGAAUAAACUGCAGUUGAAUGGCAAUCGGUUGACAGAGCUGCACAAGGAUAUCUUCAAGGACAACGAGUACCUAGAAUCGGUUUCCCUGGAAGCCAAUGCUCUUACGUACGUCGAACCUGAGGUCUUCAAUCGCCUGCGUCGCAUUAAGGAGGUGAACCUGAACAACAACAAGCUGAUACGCAUUCAUCCAGAUACAUUCUCGGAGGCAGCCAAUUUGGAGAGUCUUUUGUUGGCCAUAAAUGCGCUGACUGCCUUCCAAUUGACCGACAAGAGCAUCGUCCAUCAGCUGCAUCUGGACUAUAACCAUCUGACCAAUCUGACCAUUAAUGCCACACGUUUUGUUCGCGCCAAUUACAACAACAUCAGUGAGAUUUACAUUCAUCAGGCGUUGCAACUGGAGACUCUGGAGUUGCGGGGCAAUCGAUUGGAGAGCAUUGCGAAUAUCACCAAUAUGACGGCUCUGCUUCAUCUGGAUCUCUCCUACAAUCCCAUUGGACCCCUGAGUGUGAGCACCUUUGAUCAGCUGAAGCGUUUAAGGAAUCUCUAUCUGCGCUCCAAUGGCAUUCGAGAACUCGAAUUUGGCAUGUUCUCCAAGCAAAAGUAUCUCGAGAUUUUGGACUUAUCCUUCAACAACUUGACCAGCCUCAACUUGGAUAUCUUUGUGCCGUAUUUGAUCAACAUUAAGCAGUUCUUUGUGGAUGGCAAUUCGUUGAGUGAACUCCAUGGCAAUCGCAGUUUUUCGCAGACUUUUCCCUUGCUCCAGAAACUGGGCAUCUCUCGGAAUCGCUUCAAUUGCUCCUACCUGCACCGUCUGAUAGUUUCCCCCAAUUUGCUGGAUACGGUCACACUGCACAUUGAACCCGACGUCAGCACUGAAGAGACGCCGCACAUCCGAGAUGUCUCCUGUGUGAGUCUACCCCGAAAUUCAUCUCGAGAGGCGCCAGCUGCCUUGGAGGGAUCCAUGAUGACGCUACAGACUCAACUGGAACUGUUGCGAGUACACUCACACAAUCUGGAGCUGCAUCUGAUCUUCAUGAAGUCCUUCCUCUAUGUCAUAGGUGCAAUUGUUCUCAUUGCCAUGGUCGCCUUUGUGACUUUGAGAUACCUAAAGGUACGGAAAUCGGGUCGCUAUGAUCGCCGCAGCAUCGUCUUCCAAUCGAGUGCCACAAUGGACGCGAAUCUAACCUUGUGAGCUGCCAGAAAAGGAGAGAACAAUAGAGAGAGAAAGAGA